GUGCCAACUUGUCUGAUUAACCAAGUACAAAAAUAAGCCAAAGUACAAUUCAUAAGCAUACAAAAAGCUCCAAAACCCCAAACUUAAAACCACCGUUCUCCCUCCCGUUUGAUGAUCAUUCACCCCAUCUCUCACUCUCUCUGAUACACACAGUCUAGCUUUGCAGAAAAAAGCAGAGUGAAAAAGCUUUAAAUCGCUAGUCGUCCUCUGGCUUUUCCCCCUCCUCUCUUUCUUUCUCUGCCAUUGAAUCACCAUUUUCAAUACACAGUUCCAGCAAGGAAGACCCUCAAACGAAGUGCAAAAGCUCUCUUUCUCUUCUCUCCCUCUCCACGUUAGUUCCCUUUUCUUUCUUCUUCCCUUGCGGCCUUCCUUCUCCAUUUCACAUUUUCACUCCUCUAUAUAAAUACCCCUUUCCCCCCUGAAAAAACCCUACAACCAGAAACCAAACCCAACCUUCAUUUCCAUUCCUCUCUCUCUCUCUCUCUCUCUUGCUCUGUUCCCUUUUUCCGUUCGUUGAAAAUGGACGUCCUCCACUUUCUCAGGCUACUGAGACCCACCACCACCCACCUGAAAUCGCAAACCCAGGUCGAUUGUGUGAAUGCGAGGUCGGAUAAUGGCGAAGCUUAUGAUGAUUCCGAAGAAGAAGAGGAAGAAGACUCUUUCUUUGAAUUGGAGCUCACUGUUCCUCCUGAUUUUGACUACCCAAGGAGCAUUAAUGGCGACAGAAGUAAAAGCCCCAAUAAAUUGGCCGACAAAGCCGAGCCCAAGUCUCAACAUCAGUCCCCUCCUCCUGCUGCCGAGCCUCUGUUUUCAAAGCGGAAGAUACUCCCAAUCGAACCCGUCUCCUCUCCCAAGCCUCACCAGUCGCCGAUUUCCAUCCUGAAAUCGGGUCCCAAAUUUCGGGUCCUCAUGUUCAAAAAGUCCAAUUCGAUGCCUGUUCAGAAAUCAGGGGAGAAACAGGGUAAGGGGUUGAAUCAGGAGGAGAAGCCGGGGAAAAAGCGGUUCGUCACAGUGAAAGUGAAGCUCGACGAGAUGGGUAACAAUGGCGGCUCGAAAUUGGGGAGGAACAACAGCUUGCGGAAGCAGAUCUUGGACGAAGCGUCGUCCGAAGAUUCCUCGAGGCGGUUCCCUAAGGAAACCGUGCAGAAGUACUUGAAGCUCAUCAAUCCGCUCUACAUCAAGGUCGCUAAGAAGGAAGGCGACAAGAUGAAGUUUCCAGGAGAGCUCUCGUCACCGUCGGCGUCGCCGGCUGCGACGGCGCCUGCCAGCUCCCCAAAGAAGGAGAAACAGGGGAGUUUCCCGUCAGGGAUCCGAGAGGUCUGCAAGCAUCUUAGGAAGAGCAAAUCAGCCUCUUCCGGCACCGGGGUUUCACCUCCGGCCACCGUGCAGCGGAGAGAUGACUCCCUUCUACUGCAAAAUGACGGGAUCCAGAGCGCCAUUCUUCACUGCAAGAGAUCUUUCAACUCUUCUAGAGAUUCGUCUCUGUUAUCACGAUUCGCAAGCGACCGGUUGAUGGACUCUCCCAGAGUUUCCAGCGACGAGUUCUGAUUGGGAAAUUAGUGAAGACAGUAGGAGGAAAGCGGGAGACUUUGAACUUCCCCUGAAAUCGAAAAUUUGAAAAAAAGACCAUACAAAACAGGACAAGAGAAAAACAGAGGACUCUGUUUUCUUCCUUGUUUGUUUUCUUUUUUUGGGUUCUUGUUGUAAAGCUAAGCAAAGGAGAGAUAGGGAGAUGAAACAGGUAGAUUAGUUUCGUGGUUUCUAGGGUUGGUUUCUUUUUGGAUGCAUUGUUGUAGGAUGAAUCCAUCGUCCAUCCAUGGAAGGAAGGGAUGAUGAUGAUGAUUGCAGACUGUAGGGGAAAUGUAAUCAAAAUCCAAAACCAAAAGCAGUAGUAGCAGUUGUUUGUCUGUCUAUUAAGUAAAAAGAAACUGUUGGUUGCCACUGUAGGGUAAAUUAUUAUUUACCAAUGGCCGUAGAACAGAGCUCGAGUUCGGUCAAGGAGAUGAAUGAGGUGUUGUAUACACGAUAAUGACAUCAUGAGAUUACGUGAGUUUUUGAAUUUUACUUCGACGCAAUCCAACGUUGUUAACAUGUGCUUAACGAUGAUAACACGGUUUAGGAAAAUACUGUAGAAGGAGGAGCUACAGGGCAGAGCCUGGUGGGUUCUUUCCUUUUCGUUUCGUCAAAGCUUGGGAUGAAUGAUGAUGAAGAAAUUUCUUGCUGGAUUGGGCGGGCAAGUCUGUGUUCUGUGUAAUUCCUUUGUUCAAAUGAUAUGACUCCAACUCCACCAAUGGCUUUUGCUAACGUAAUUCAGAAUUCAAAGUUUCUGUGUGG